AUGUUAAGAAGUUUACGGCAGAGCAUAGCUCUUGCUAAUAAAGCCUCACUGUUAGCCACCCAACCGAGCCGAGGCUUAUUUGGUUUAGGCAGUAUCUAUGCCUCCUUGAAGGGACAAUUUAAGCAUGCUAUCGAGCCAGGUCCUGGAAGACAUAAUACUCAUACAAUGGAAGCAACAGAGACCGAACUCUUCGACGAAGACGCCCAUGAGGUCCAGGCCAUGGUAACCAACAACCCUUUCGAUCUAGAAAUCAUGAUGGGUGACACCAACCCUCUGCGCAACUUCGGCACCCUCGACAACCCAGUUCUGCUGUUCUCAGCCAAUGUUGGCUGGCGAUACGUGAUGUGUGCAGGCGCCAACGACGAAGAAGAAGGUCUCCAGCAUCAGGGCAUCUGGUUUAUCCUCAGAGAAGGGCCAAUCCACAGAUGCCACUCCUGUGGCCAAUGCUUUAAACUGAUUAACUUAAAAGACGAGAUCAGCGCUGAAAAUGACUACUACUUGGAGCACUAUAUGCCAGUAUUAGAAGAAGAGAUGGGAGAUGACGACGAUUUGGUCACCAGGUGGUCCUUCCACAAGUUCGCUGAGCCUUAUGCAGUCCUGCACCCUCAUCAGAACACCAAUUAUGCCUAUAUUUUGGUCAACCCAGACGACCAUGACAGAAUCCUCACAGACCCUGCCUACAGGAUGCAGAAACUCCAUGAGGGCCAUGAGAAGCUGACUGACCUCCACAAAGCUUUAAUUGAUGUAGAAAACAGAAUCCUAUGGGAAAACGGCGGCUAUUACCCUAAGUACAACUAUUCAGUCCAAGACUACGAAGAUCUUAUUACUUCUGAGCUUGCCAUUAGAAAGCUGGACAGGAUUUUCCAAAAAGUCUCGCAGUUUGAAAAAAGAAGCAUCUUAGAACCAAUAGACCAUGAAAGGAGAGAAAAAAGGAUGCUUGAAAGGGCAGCUGAAAGGACAGGCAAAAACUACGUCUUUUAUUUGCAUACUAAUGAGCUGGAGCAGCGAUUUAACGACUACUAUCAGACUGACCUAGACCCUGAAGAGGAACUUCAAAACACUCAGGACGACUAUGAAGAUCUUGUCGCCUCAGGAAUUUUUAACUUCAAGAACUACGAGUUUGUAGAAGAAGACUUAAUGAACCCUGUUCCAGUCGUCAUGGGGACUUAUGAAAAGAAAAUGUUCAGGUUUAAGCACAGAAAGUGGAACGACGACCCUGCAACCCACUUUAUCAGGGAAAACAGAAUGAUUAGGAGAUACCUGGAUAGACUGCAAAAAAGAGACCCUAAGGAAUUAAGCUUUAAAGAUGCUGAAGAGCAAGCCCAUAACAUGACUAAGGAAAGUGCCAUAAGAUCAAGAGACUUAAAAAAGGCAGUAUAUAGCAAGGUUGAUGACAUCCAGAACUUCAUUAUGGAUGAAGCUGUACAACAGUAUAAAGAUUACUAUGAAAGUGAUGUUGAAGACUUAAAGGACUUUGACUAUAUGACCGCAGAAGAUAAAGUCCAGUUUGCAGGUGUUUUUAAGGACUAUUCUAACUUCUCCUCAUUUAAUAGAGAACAAAAUCGUUGAUGUUUAAACAUAAAUUUUUCUCUCACGUUUUAUAAAUUUAUUUAAAAUCUUUCUUUAAAAUAUUCACCACCAAGACAAUUUUUAUAAAUUUAUAUUGCUUAUUUAAUUAUUUUCUCUACUUAUACCUUAUAAAGCCAUAACUACUCCAUAACUACUUUUGUUGAAAUUAAAAAAUUUUAUAAUUGAUAAUUCAAUUAAUGUCAUUUAAUAUGGUUGGUAUUUUUUACAUUUUCUCGACUUAUAAUUUUUUAAAUUCUAUUAUUCUAAACAUUUAACUUGAAAACAAAAUUAAGAUUUAUAUUGAUUGAUAAGAUUACUUAAAAUUAAAUUCUUGUCAUCCUCUGUGAGCUUUUUGAUAGAGAACUAUCUCCGCUCUGAGCAAAAAAUAAGCAGCUACACAACCUUUAGAACUUCAAUUGCCUCUAGCUCCGAGCAACUCUCUUUUCGCUAUACUCAGCACCUCUGGAUAGAAUCUCUUUUAGCCAAAACUCUCAGAAAAUCAUAGAAUUCCCUUCACUGAGCCCGAAUAAGGGAACUGCCUUUAGAAGGUCUAGCCAUUUUAAAUUGUAAAGAUUAAUAUUAUUUUUUUAAGUUAUUCCUCAACCAGCAAAAGGAUUAAGCCACUAGGGACUCAAAAAUUAGUGCUGAAAGUGCCUAAAGAAAUUCCAGGAACUAGUUGGAGAGAAAGAUUGAAGAAGCAAAUUGCUAUUGCCAAGACUCAGAUUGCUUCUUAUAAUGCAGCGACUCAUAAAAUCAACACUAAUUUCAAGUAUGCGAGUGGUUCAAAAACUGUUAAGUCUAUCAGCCAAGAAACCCUGAAAGAACUAUUUGCAAGCAUUAAUAAAAUUGAGCCAGCUGGAGAAACCGGAAAUUUCGAAGAUUCUCGUAAGUUUCACUAA